GCCAAGGACGAAAGGACUGCGAGAUGAGCCCUCAGUCUACCUUCGAUCGCUGUCUAAAGUGUUUCGCGUUUGCCAACAGGCAUCGAUGAGCUUGAAAAUAACCAUUUCCUAUAUUUUUCUAACAUUCUCUGAAUCUUGGUCAAAGAUAUGUCGUAGAUUUCCAGCUCUUUUCUUUUUCCACUGCUCUUCAUAAUAUAUGCGCGAGUCGAUAUUUUCUCCCUGCACGUAUAGAACAAUGAAAGUGCAACUUUUCAUCGCCACGACGUUCUACAUGGCAACCAGCACCUGUAUUUUACCCUCGACACUGACGUUGCAAUUGAUCCUGGAAUUUUCCAAAUGGAAAGCCUGGGACCAGAUAGUAUUGUUCGAGAACUUGACAUCCUUAGAUUGCGUAUUUUCGUACACCAGACCUUUGAUCGCGUGUCUCGCCGACGAGGGAAUCGGCUUGUCGAUUCAGUCUGCCAUCAAUCCGAAUAUACCUGACGCCCUUGUGAUCCAGAAGCAUCGAAUUGGAUCGAUCGUUUUGCUCGACGGGCUUAAUCUCACAUCUCCUGAUAAUAUUCUUCACGUGGCAUCGCAGAAAUUCCAGUUCAAUUAUUACGUCUCCUGGCUGAUGAUCACCGCGAUGAACACGGAUGCGACGAUCGAUACGGUGCUUCGACAUUUGAAUAUCGGUAUCGAUAGCGACGUGAUCGUCGCGACGCCAUCGUCGUCUUACGAAGUGAUCCAGGAAUUGUCUGGAAUUUACUGGAACAGGACCUGUUUGUCUCUGCAACGCUACGGGAACCGCUUCGACUUCCGGGAGCCAUCGAUCAAGAGGUUCGACGAGAACGCGUCCGUCAACCUGAAUUACGCGGUUCCCGAGAACAGAACGGUGCUCUUUCACUUCGUCCACGUGUACAAGAUCCGGUACUCGGACAACACCAGCCUGGUGACCAAUUUCCUCGGUUCUUGGAACCCGGACUCGUGGUCGUUGCAAAGUCCGAUCAACGUGAAGCUGAGGAAAGACUUUAGGGGCCAAUCGAUCAUUUUCGGUGUCCUGAACGGGACGAUCGAUGGCCAGAUGGACACCACGGAGGAAGAGGCGAACGACAUCGCGCCUCUUCUCAACUUUGCCAGCUUUGUCGCUAACAGCGUCAACGCGAGCAUAGAAAUAGUGCCGCACGAAAAGCUAGGCACUCUGAAUAACAAAGUUUGGAAUAACCUGCUCGGAGAUGUCGUCACCGGUGAAGUGGACAUUGGACUAGGGUACAUCACCGUGAACGAGGAAAGACAAGCGGAAAUGUCGUUUAGUCAUCCUCUCAUUCGUUAUAUGAGGAACAUUUACUACCACCCUCUGGAAACCGGCACCAUGAGGGACAUAUUUCGUCAACCGUUCAACACCUGCUUGCUAGGCUGCGUCGCGUCCACUUAUCUCGCCAUACUAAUAGCCAUGGGGUUGAUCAUUUACGCGACGAAAACAGUUUUGCACAAUGAGGAGGCGAAACGGGUCGGAAUAGGGGAAGCUGCGCUCUGGUGCAUCAGCAUCAUGUGCAUGCAAGGUUCUCCAUGGACUCCUCGGAAUCCAUCUGGGAAAACCGUGUUAUUAUUCAGUCUGAUGUUUGCUUUGGUAAUGUACAACGCCUACGCCGGAUUUAUUACCUCAAUCUUAUCAGUACAGGCCAGUGGUAUCAAGUCCAUCACGGAUAUUCUCUCACACAACUUCAAAUUGGGGUACAGCAUAACCGACGACGAAUACAUCAGAAACGUGAACGACAGUAAUCUACGCGAGUUGUACAUAAGGGCGUUCAACAACAGGGAGUCGAGAUUGGACACCAUAUCCGGUCUGACAAAGGCCGUGAAAGGCCACUAUGGCUUCUUCGUGAGCGCCACCCUUGCCCGACGCGCCCUCAGAUCCACGUUGAUCCAAAAACGAUGCAAUUUGAAGGAAUUGCCACUUCCACAGACGUUCACUAUGGUUGCAUUGCCGAUGGCUAAUUCUUGCCCUUACAAGAAAAUUAUUAAUUUGAAUAUCCUGAAAAUACGAGAACGAGGGGUCCUGAACAGGAUAACGGAACGGAUGUUGCCAGAGAUGCCCAGAUGCAAGUCACCGACCACUUUCCACAGCGCGAGACUCACAGACGUGUACUCCGCCUUCUUCAUUCUGAUCGCUGGAGGUGUCGCGGCCGUCUCGAUCGGGAUCGUCGAGAGGAUUUGGCACAAGAGGCGGCAGAUGAAGGAGACGAUCGUUCGAGGGAUGCGUCAACAUCAUCUGAUGCCCUCUCACCUGCCUCACCUCCCGCACAUGCCACGAUUACCCUCGUUUCCACGUUUCCCUCAUCUGCCGCAUCUUCAUUCUAACAACGACCCUCGGAACGACUUGUUUCGCGAUUCGCGAAUCGAUUUAACGACCAACAACGGGGAGCACUUCUCCCCGAGUUCUUCUGUCAUCGCGUUGGAUUCGCGAGAUGAGACCUCGAGUAUGAGAAAGACGGGAAACGACUUGGAUUCGGACGGUGAAAUCGAUAAACCUCGUUUGGAGCCGAAAUUUUUCACCUGGAGAAAAGAUGGACGACCAAAACGAGCGAAGCGCAGGGUUUCAGGGUUACAGAAGAGGAAGCUAGAUGAUAAGGUGCAGAAGGGUAGCUCUGUAGGUAGUAUGGUCUUUCCUUUUCAGCAGUAAUUGAAGAGGAAAUGUUUUGAGGAAGUGAAUU